GCGUGAACAUGAAUGAGCCCUGACUCGAUUAUUCGGGUCACUUCCGCAUUUCGCCGAAACGAACAUUGAGUGCUAGCAACCGUCACAAAUGAGCAGUUGAACGUCUACACUUCAGACGACAUGGCCAACUAUUUGUCGAGACACGUCUUGUUGGUGCUGAUUGUUCUGUGGUGGACUAGCUGUGGGCGUGUUGAAGGGCAAGCUAGAUCCAGUGAAAGACCUCACAUGCUACGUCUGUAUGAGGACCUGUUCCAGACUAGCGGCUAUACUCCUGAUGUAAGGCCCGUGCGAGACGUCAGGACCCCCACCAACGUUACUGUCAACCUGGCGCUGGCUCACAUCAUAGACAUGGACGAGAAGAACCAGAUUCUGACUGCAGAUGUCUGGUUGAGACUGAAAUGGAUUGACGAGUUUCUGAGAUGGAAUGCGACCGAGUACGGUGGGAUAGAAUUGAUCACGGUCAAAGCUGUCAAGAUUUGGCGACCAGACUUCUUUCUCUACCACAAUGUUAACCACGAGUUUGAUGGAUGGUUGGAGGAUGUCGUGAUGAUCUCUUCUGACGGCCUUGUUGACUGGAAAGCCCCCGCCGUCACCAUGUCUGCCUGCCUGGUGGACGUGUCCGACUUCCCGUUCGACCGGCAGGCGUGCCCGCUGAAGUUUGGCUCGUGGAACCAACAUGGUCGCCAGGUCAACUAUGUUAAUGAGAGUGAAGAUGGAGACUUGGAGGACCUCAUCCGAAACGUGGAGUGGGAAGUGCCGAAGAUGGAGGUACAAAGAGACGUCCAUGAUUACAACGGAGUUCCGUAUCCGGACGUGACCUUCACCAUCCACAUGACCCGGAGGUCAACGUUCUACGUCAUCAACAUGUUUCUCCCCUGCGCCCUGCUGGCCUUCGUGGUGGCGGCGACCUUCUACCUGCCGCCCGACUGUGGGGAGAAGAUCUCGUUCGGCGUGGCGGUCCUGCUGUCCCUGGCGGUGUUCCAGCUGCUGGUGGCUGAGGCCGUGCCUCGGUCCGAAAACAUCCCAGCCAUAGGCCGUUACAUCUUCGUGUCUAUGGCCCUGAUGUCAGUCUCUCUCAUCGCCACUGCGUUCGUCAUCACGCUGGGCGACUCCGUUGAGGACAGCAAGCCGGUUCCUGAUUGGGCGCGAAAAGUGUUCCUCAAGUACAUCUCCAUGGCACUGCUCAUGGGGAACCAAUCGCAACGCAGGUGGGGGUCACGUGAGCACAGCUACAGCCCACCAACCACCGUGAAGCUUACGGAGAUGAAUGGCUUUGUAAACGGGAACGGCAUGUAUUCUGUCAACUAUCCGAGUAUCCGAUCAACAACCUACAAAGACAGCCACCCCGCAUUGGAGAAACAGCUGGAGUACCUGAAGAAAGUACAGCGCGCGGUAGAGGAAAUAUUGUCCAAAAUUAAGCGCAUGGACUCAUUGCACAGUGUCCACAACGAGUCGAAGAUACUGGCCAAAGUUGUGGAUAGGAUCUUCUUGGUGCUUUACGUCAUUGCUUGCGUCAUCACCCUGUUGGAGACCUUUAUCAACGUCGGAAGACAAUAGACUGAUCCUGUCAAUCAUAAUUAGUAGUUCAACCAAUGACAGCAUGACCAUUAGCGGUUCGAGCAAGAGAGCUGCUGCAUGUCCGUCUAUUUACAUUUGUAUCAUGUAAGUUCAUAUGUAUCGACAAAUGUCAUUAUGAAAGAAGACUAGACUUUACAUUGCCAACACAUGCAAGAAAUUUAUUGGGACUUGCCAAAAUUUUCGGCUGACUCGUCUUGUUGCUACUGCCGGGAAGUGACGUCAGAGACCACAGCAACGGGUCCUAAGUGCCAGAUAACCUGUGUCGCCCCCGUCUCUGUUCAAUGCCGGACGGUGGGGUCGAAUUUAAUCUGCGUCCUUCGCUCCUCUUGCAAAGAAAUCCGGUUCCGAACCUGAUAUUUUAACUCUAUCCAGCGAAACGUGGUGUCCUAUCAAUUUUUUCAGGGGUAGGUCACGACGUCUAUUUGUCGCCAGGUCCCGAGUUGAUUUUAACUGGAAGUUGAAAAAAAAUCCAGGGUCCCAGUCGUGGCCCCAAAUAGCCCGGUAGCCGCAGGGUUCACACCCAAAUGUGCGGAAAACAGCUCGUGAACUACCCGGAGAGGCCCCUUUCCCAAAUGGGACAGUAGUAUAAGUCGAGUUGGAACAUUUGACAUUAUACCUACAGAGCGUUGUGAAUAUGCCAAUGGCAGAGAUAAGAGAAAAAAUAGAAAUAGACUGUAUUUCAUUUUUCAUUCGUUCUGAACCUAUAAACUAUAUCCAUGUCAUACAUGCAUGUUAUUCAAGACAACCCGAAAGUUUUUUUUUUUUUGCAAUAUCAUUUGGACAGCAUUGUAAAGAUUAUUUUCUUCAUGACAAAAAAACAUGAUUGUAUAUAUCUCACUGGAGCUGCGGCACAUUGAUGGCGGCACUGCGCCCUUAAUUGGAUUUGUGUUACCCUUGACUUUAAAACGGAACAUCAUGCAAAAUGUAAAAAUAUGACUAAAAAACAAAAAUCGUAAAGAGAUUCGAUUUUAACGAUGAAAUUCAUCUUUCUUGGCCGCAGCGACACCACCAACGUUACAGCUUCUGAAGUAAGAUACUCGUGUAGAAUAUGCAUAACAGUUUUUCUUUAUUUGCAUAUUCGGACUCAUAGUGAAUUGCUCCAUGUUGCGAUAUGCUCAUGGGAAAAAUAUCUAUUCGUUCGGAAAACAUAUGUUAAGUAAAAAAAUAUCUCCGAGUUUUCCUCGAAUCCUCCACCAUUUGACCCAUUUACCACAUUAAAACGUUAUGUUCCAGAU